GUGUAUUGUAGAGGUGGAGAGGUGUGUGUAGUGUAUCAUCAGCCGUAUGUGACGGAGGCAGCGGCGUGGGAUCUACAGGAUGAUUGACAGUUGCCUGUGCUGAGUCACGUAGCAGAAUGCCCGGUGUGCCCUGCGGGGCCUUGCAACACCACACUGUGCCCCUAGCCUGUGCCAUCAUCUGUUCCUGGCUGUUGAUCCUGGUCCAUUCUGCCUUUUGCCAAAAACCUGCAAAGCUGCCUCUGGUGGGCCGCAAGCCUUUCCUGGCAGCCUGGAAUGCUCCCCUGGAUAUGUGUACAUUGAAGUACAAUAUCAACGUCAGCCUUGAUAUUUUCCACAUCAGCGGCAGUCCACGAGCCGUCCACACGGGCCAGAAUGUCACCAUCUUUUAUGCCAACCGCCUGGGUUACUACCCUUUCUACAAUGAGCAAGGGGUUCCCAUCAACGGAGGCCUACCUCAGAACAACAGUCUUGAAGCACAUUUUCACAAAGCCCGAAAAGACAUAGCACACUUCAUCCCUUCGGAAGACUUCCGUGGACUGGCCGUGAUCGACUGGGAGUUCUGGAGGCCACAGUGGAGUCGUAACUGGCACAAGAAAGACAUUUACCGACAGCAAUCCCGCGAGUUGAUCAAACAGGCCUACCUUAAUGUGACCGACGAACAGGUGGAGGAGCUGGCACGCUUGCGCUUCGAGAAGAGCGCCAUGGAGUUCAUGCAGGGCACGCUACAGCUCGCUACACAAGCUCGUCCGCAUGGCCUUUGGGGUUUAUAUCUCUACCCUGACUGUCACAAUUACAAUGUACAUGCACACAACUACAGCGGCACAUGCCCCCAACAAGAGAGCCUCCGUAAUGACCAGCUGUUUUGGCUGUGGAACAGCAGCACUGCCCUUUUCCCAGCCCUCGCUAUACGCAAGAGCCACACAGACAGCAUUCGCAACCUGCACUUCUCGCAGAACAGGGUACGGGAGUCACUGCGCCUGGCCUCCCUUACCUCAUUGCCCUAUGAACUGCCUACAUACGUAUACACACGCCUGGGGUACAGAGACGAGGCCAUGGCUUUUCUGACUCAGAAUGACUUGAUACAUACGAUAGGAGAAAGCGCUGCUUUGGGAGCUGCAGGAUUUGUCAUUUGGGGGGAUCUUAACCUCACUUCCUCAAGGCACAACUGUUCCAAAGUCAAGGCAUUUCUGAACUACAGACUGGGUCAGUACAUUACUAAUGUUACCCGGGCAGCAGAAGUCUGUAGCGACUUCCUGUGUCAGUCCAACGGUCGCUGUGUCCGUCGAGACCCACAGGCACCACACUACCUGCACCUGAGCCGCGGCAGCUAUCGGAUCCUGUCCAACCGAAACGGCACCUUCACCGUGACCGGAUGGCACUCUCAACGCGAGCUCCAGCUACUCGCCGACAGGUUCCACUGUCACUGUUACCAGGGGUACGAGGGAGACCGCUGCGAUAGCAUAGAGCCCGAGGAAACCGAAGAGGACAACAUGAUAAAAGAGGACGUGGACGAGGAGAAUAAGAAUGAGCCAGAGGAGGUCCACAACGACAUACGGGAUACUGCUGUGCCUUUACAAACUGCCUUCAUCCUCACUGCUCUACUCCUUUUGUUGAACUUCAGUUGUAUUUAGAGGUGAAGUGACCACCAGCAUCAUCACAUGGAACAAUAGUCAUGUUUAAAUGUUUGCCAAGACACUACCCUAGUCUGUGAUUGGUCAAUCCAAAGUCACACACCAUUGGUUAAGCCAGUUACUGUGUUGGGCUGGACUGAUUAAAUAAACAGAAUAAUGUUUUGAGCCAACACUACAGAGCCAAAUGUUUACACUAGUGUUCAACCAAUAUACAUUUUUGAUGGGCAAUGACAAUUUCUUAAGCCCCUUUCACACAGAGAUUCUAGAAAAUACACUGAUACUGUGUCCCGGGAUCAUUUGAUUUUGGUUGAUUCACAGUGUCAGAUUUUCAGGAAUCUGUACGUUCACACACAUCCCGUAAAGACACGUGACAUGCCAUCAGGACGUGAUGUUCAGGUUCCUAACGUGUUAAUUUUGCAGACAUUGUUUUGUCGUUCUGGCGAACACAAACUUUUUUCUUUGUUAAUGUGCAACGUGAAGUCGUGAACAUUGAUCUGCUAUUUAAAACAAGCGGUCACAGAGUCGCAAGAUAACUAGAUCAUUGCAACGACACAUGUGUCAUCACUACAGCACACCCCUUAUGACGUUGGACCUGCCUUUUGUUCAAACAGGCUGCGUUCCGGGACUGACCCCAGCAAUGUUACUAGGUCCCCAUCCUGGAAUCGAUCCCGGGACAUGUUUGCGUUCACACAAAAGGCACUCUAGCAAUUCUAUGGCAAUAUUCUGGGAACAACGCACUGUGUGAAAGGGGCUAUAGAGAGCAGAA